CCGGAGACCAAAAAAAGUAUUGACCGCUACGCAGUCGGCUCUAGCGAAAUGGCUCUAUGAAUGGAGACACGGCCGUAACGCACGGCUGCGGACUCUUCUGCUUAGAGUCCUAAGGGUUCCGGUUUCCGAACGGUGUUUCCGCUGCAGGCCGCCGAUUGGUUCGCACGAGGCUUCGGUGCAGCCAAUGAAUAGGCUGCUUGUUGGGAGGUGUUUGGAGCCGCGCGGUGAAGCUGACAGCGAGCUGCAGGAGGAGCGACAUGGGAGACGCCGUUAUGACUGAGUCAGAAGAGACUGUCUUGUACAUAGAGCAUCGAUACGUUUGCUCAGAAUGUGGGGAGGAAUAUUCCAACCUGGAAGAAGCCGUUAUCCACCAGCAAAGCCACGGAGCGGCCGUCCAGGAACCUCAGUAUCAGGUGCUUGGGCUCGACUCCCAGGAAAAUCAGUACCAAUGUCUGGAGUGUGGGCAGCUCUUAAUGACCCCAGGAGACCUGCUCAUCCAUCAGGAGAUGCACCUCAAGAUGCUGAACCAGGCGCAGCCUGAAAGCCCCAAACCCAAGCGCGCCUCACGAAGCGAGAUCCACUAUGAAUGCCCUGAUUGCAAAGCUCUGUUUAACAGCCAAGAUGUGUGGAUGGCCCAUAGGUAUACUCACAUGCAAGCUCAGGAUGCGCCGCCGCCGUCCAAGGUGCUCGUGCAGACGGGUGAUAACGUUAUGGAGGAAACCUUACAGCUGAUGUGUUCUUCCUCAGUACCAGGGGAGGUCCACCUAGUCGCAGGUCAACAACAUUUCCAGGUGCCCGUCGCCCCGUCCCCUGCUGUGUCACACACUCAAGUCCUGGUGGAUCUGGAACACUCCUACAAGAAAAACGAGGGUGCUGGAGAGGACUGCGCGGUGGAAGUUCUCCUUUAUAAGUGUUCAGAAUGCACCCAGUUGUUCCAGACACCCGGGGAGUUCCUAGAACAUCAGGCAACACAUUUCCCUGGGCAGGAGACUGCCCCCAACGCGGAAUAUCAAGCGGUAGAGUCAUCUCAUUCUUCUGUGACGGAGCAAAUAAAAUGUGAGAUAUUGAAGGAAGUCUCCACCACUAACCAAUCCAAGGAGGCGAGCGAAGACGGUUCUGUACCAGUUAAAGGGGAUCCAUUGGCCAUGGUUUCCAGUGAUUCCGAAUUCCCUUGUGGUCUGUGCGGGGAGACGUUCCCGAGUGUCCAAGAGCUACAGCUCCAUCAGGUGUCCCAUCAGAGUGGGCCUUUCAGUUGUCCGCUCUGCAGCAAGGUGUUUUCCACGCAGACAGAGGUAAGGGAGCACAUGACCUCGCACCAGGGGGACUCCCACUUUCUUUGCAUGGAGUGCGGGCUAGGCUUUGCUAGCGAGGCCGUUCUGCUGAACCAUCGGCGCUCCCAUCUGGAAAACCCGUUGUACUCCUGUGACUGCGGAGAGGCCUUUCUCAGUAUGACCAAGUUCCUCUACCACCGGCGGGUCCACAGCACCAAACCAAAGGAACCGGCGCCUCCGGAAGAACCCAAAGGGACGUCGUGCGCUGUCCAAACACCCGCUGGCAGCUACCAGUGUUCCCCCUGCGGAAAAGAGUUCCCUUUGCUUCCUCAGCUGCAACGGCACCAGCGUUUUGUGCAUGGGCAGGAGAGGAGGCACAAAUGCCCAAAUUGUGGAAAGCCCUUCAAGAAACGCUCACACCUGCGCACUCACAUGCUGACUCACACGGGGGAGCGGCCCUUCUCCUGCACGGAGUGUAAGAAGUCGUUUAAUUCCCAAGCUAACCUGCUGCGGCAUAAGCUCACCCAUACCGGCGAGCGGCCGCACAAGUGUCAGCUUUGCGGCAAGGCCUUCAGCCAGUCGUCGACUCUGCAGCAGCAUCUCUUAGUGCACAGCCAAGCCUAUCCUUAUAAGUGCACGGAGUGCGGAAUGAGCUUUCACCGUCCUUACCGUCUGCUGAUGCACCAGUACCAGCACACCGGAGAGUACCCUUACAAGUGCCAGGAGUGUGGCCUCUCGUUCCUGCUUAGGAGGCUGCUGGAGGUGCACCAGCUCGGGCACCGAGGAGAAGCGCCGCAUCGCUGCACAAGCUGCGGCACAAAUUUCCCAACCGCACACCGGCUGCAGGAUCAUCAAUGCAACAGCUCAGGGUCUACGGGGGACGAUAACCUGGAGUGCCCCAUUUGCGGUAAAAAGGUAGUUUCCGAUUCCCGCCUCAACGCGCAUGUAGCAUCGCAGCACGCAGGGCCCAAGACGGCCAAGGGUUCUACGCCCAAGGGGCGCUCUCUGUGUACGAUUCUGCGGAAAAAUAAUAAAACGGGAUCCAAGAACUUGGAGUGUCCCGAUUGCCACAAGGUAUUCAGCACCGAGACAUCGCUGCAGGUUCACCGGCGGAUACACACCGGCGAGCGGCCGUACCCGUGCCCGGAUUGCGGUAAAGCGUUUAGACAGUCAACCCACCUGAAAGACCACAUUCGCCUGCACACGGGGGAGAAGCCGUUCAAGUGCGAAGUUUGCGGCAAAGCGUUUGCCAUUAUGGUUCGGCUGUCGGAGCACAAGCGCAUCCACACCGGGGAACGUCCUCACGUCUGUCCGGACUGCGGCAGGGCCUAUCGCUCCUUCUCCAAUCUGUGGAAACACCGCAAACUGCAUCGGGAGCAGCCAGAUCCCCCACCGGCCGCCGAAUCCAACUCCGGCGACCUCUCCAGCACCGUGGCUAUAUUAGAGACUGUGGAAAGCAUGCCCAUUAUCGAGACGGUGGAGAUAUUUCCCGAAGGUAGUACGAUUAGCGUCCAGGACAUACAGUUUGAAACUCUGCAGGUUGAAAAUAUCCAUUUGGGGAACAUUCAGAUCGGCAGCUUAUGAGAGCGACGAGAAGUGCGUACCUUCAGCAGUCUGUGAAGCGGAAAUGAACCCUGCAUGGACGAUGGACGUUUAUUUACUGCUUUCAAUGCUUCCUGAACGUUGUAAAAAAACAAAACAAGAAAAAAUAUAUAUAUAUUGCAUUUCCAAAUGUUUGACAUUUAUUCUAUGGGAUCGGUUGAAACCCACGUACGUUUUAAUGAACACCUCUAGUUAUUAAUCUUUAAUAAAGAGCUGUAGCGUUCCCUUGA